GGGGGCGGGGCCUGAUGAGUGACGUGAAGAGUUCCAGGGCGGUUAGGGUUGCGGGCUACUCGGUUGUCUUCUCAGCGGUCCAGAGCGCCGUCCCAGGAGCCCUGGGACUAACUCCAUUCCCAGCGCCCCGGACCCGGACCCUGACCCUGGCGCCUGGCCUCUAUCCGCCUCUUGGGAGUGACUUAACGACGGAGACCUGACGGUUGGUGGCGGCGGCGGAAACUACAACACCCAGAAGCCUGUUCGGUGCGCGAGGGCCAAUGAAGGCUUAGGAGAGGAGCGCUUCCUACGUGCGUACGGGUCCCAUGGCGGCGGCAGAGAUGCUCCCCGACACAGCGCAGGGCCGCGUGGUCUUUGAGGACGUGGCCGUCCGUUUCUCCCGGGAGGAGUGGGGGCUCCUGGACGAGGCUCAGCGACGCCUGUACCGGGAUGUGAUGCUGGAGACCGUGGCCCUUCUGUGCUCCGUGGGUAGUUGGCGUGGACCCCAGGGUGAGGAGGCACCUUUGGAGCAAGGUGAUUCCGGGGGAGAAUCGCAGGUCAGGACUCCGAAGCCAGACCCGUCCACCCAGAUGGCCCGGCCCCGUGAGACGAAAGGCAUCCUGCAGCUGGCUGAGCGCGACCGAAUGAGCCCCGAUCGGGGCCUGCGCCUCUGGGGGACAGCUCCCCCCCCGCAGGACCCGGAGCAGCCGGGAGAACACGCCCCCGGGGCGGGCAGCGCUCCCCUGGCGGGGAAGACCCUCCCGGGCGGCGAGGGCAGGGGGCUCCUCCAGCACUGGGCUCCUGGCGACAGGCGGACCCCACGGCGGGAAACCGCGUGCAGAGAGACCCAGGGGACGGGCCGGGACGGUCUCAGGUGCCCGCAGUGUGGGAAAAGCUUCAGCCGGAAGCAGGUCCUCGCGCAGCACCAGAAGAUCCACACGGGCGUCCGGCCGCACGCCUGCAGCAAGUGCGGCAUGGCCUUCCUCAGGAAGUUCCACCUCGCGCAGCACCAGCGGGUCCACAGCGGGGAGCGGCCCUUCGCGUGCGGCGCGUGCGGCAAGGCCUUCCCGUACAAGUCCACGCUCCUCGGGCACCAGCGGGCCCACGCCGAGCCGGGCCCCGCCGAGUGCGGCCAGUGUGGGAGACUCUUCAAGUACAAGGCCAACCUCGAGAAGCACCAGCGAGUUCACGGCGGAGAGUGGCCGCAUGCGUGCCGGCUGUGCGGGAAGCUCUUCAAGUACCACUACCGGCUGGUCAGGCACGGGCAGGUGCACACCGAGGAGCGGCCCCACGCGUGCGGGCAGUGCGGCAAGCUCUUCCGCUACCGCUCGACCUUCGUGCGGCACCAGCGGGUGCACACCGCAGAGCGGCCCUACGGCUGCCCCGAGUGCGGCAAGCUCUUCCGGUACAACUCGGCGCUGGCCAAGCACCAGCGCGUGCACACGGGGGAGCGGCCCUUCCAGUGCAGCGAGUGUGGGAAGUUCUUCCGCUACACGUCCACGCUCCUGCGGCACCGCCGGGUCCACACGGCGGCGAGGCCCGAGUGCAGCGUGUGCGGGCAGGCCUUCCGGCACCAGGCCACGCUCCUCAAGCACUGGCAGAGUCACACCGGGGCCAGGCCGUACGCGUGCGGCGAGUGCGGGAAAGCCUUCGCCUACCACUGCCGGCUCCUCAGGCACCAGACGGUUCACACCGGAGAGAGGCCCUUCGCGUGCAGCCAGUGCGGGAAGUUGUUCCGGUACAACUCCAGCCUCAUGAAACACUGGAGGAACCACACCGGGGAGCGGCCCUUUGCGUGCGGCGAGUGCGGCAAAGCCUUCAGCCACAGACACAUACUCGUGGAGCAUCAGAAAAUCCACACGGGGGAGCGGCCCUACGCGUGCAGCAAGUGUCAGAAGGCCUUCGUCAGGAAGUCCCACCUUGUCCAGCACCAGAAAAUCCACACUAAAGACAGGCCCGGGAGAGGCAUGGGGGUGAGAAAUUCUUCGUCUACCGCUCCCACCUCACUGAACAGAAUUCACGCUGGCAAAGAGCUCAGGGGCUCAGAGACUGCGGUAAACCUAUUGGAUACCACGCUAAACCCAUUCCCCUGGAGAAGGGCCUUGUGAGUUCAUGCCGGGUCAGGGCCUUCCGAACACAGUGAAUGCGGGAGCAUCUGUAAGUGUAACCCCCAACCCGUGACACAUCACAGAUUUCACAGUGGAGAAAGACAGUGCUCAGCCAAAACGCCAACCACAUUUUGGCACCCAAGGUUCCUGCCAGAGAGAGUAUUGCAAAUGGUGAAGGUCUUCAGCCAGAUGUCUGCUCCAAUUCAUUCCUUGGAACUACUGUAAUGUAGUUUUUAAUUGUGGUAAAAUACACGUAACCAAGUUUACCCUCUGGCAUUUUAAUGGCACGAUUUAGUCAUGUUAAAAAUUCACACACACACACAUAUCUUACCUAAUAAUAGACAAACAUGUAAAAGUGACUGUACCUUCCCUAUGCCCACAGCCAAUCAGAAGUGAGUAUGCAAAUUAACCUGACAAAGAUGGUGGGUUAAUUUGCGUAUAUGGGCAUGGAGCCUCUGGGAGGGUCAGGAUGCCUGCUAUUAUGGGGUGGUGUUGGCCUGGGGGUUGUGAGGGGUUGUGGAGGAAGCUAUAGGAGCGGAGCUCCGGCUGGGAGAGAACUUGCAAGUGCAGACUUGCAAGCUCCCUGGUGGCUGGGAGCGAAGCCAGGGGAAGGAAGGCCUAUCCUUCCACUAUAUAUUAUGCAACAGGCCUCUAGCAUUCACAUAUUUGUGCAACUAAUCUCCAGUAUUUUUUUUUUUUUUUUUAUCUUGCAAAACUGAAACUCCAUACCCACUAAACAGCUCCUCCAACCCUUGCCCUACUGCCUCAGGCAACCACAUUCUGCUUUCUGUCUCUCCCAAUUUGACUCCUCAGGGUAUUUCAUAUAAGUAGAGUCAUACAGCUUUUGUGUUUCUGUGACUGGAUGCCUUGGCUGAGUGUAAUUUUCCCAUGCUGGAGCUUUUGUCAGCAUUUCCUUCUAGUUUGAGAAGGAAUCAGGGUUGACCUUGGGGACAUGGGGAAUGGUGCUGCUGGAAUCCAUAGAGCUUUGCCCGAUGUUGCGAUAUUUCUGCAGGAAGGGAGGUCUAGGUUUUAUAUGGACUCUUUAUUUAACAGCUGUAUUGAUAUCUUGACAUAAAUGGCAUUUUUUUUCAGUGUAAAAUAUAUUUUCAUAUGUGGGUGCAUAAUGGGACCAUCACCAAAGUCAUGGUAAUGAAUAGAUCCAUCACCCUAUUGUUUUCUUUUUUAAGUAUUGAUUUUUUUUUUUUUUUUUUUUAGGGAGAAAGAAGCAUUGCCUUUGUUGUUCCACUUAUUUAUGCAUUCCUUGGUUGAUUUUUGUAUGUGCCCUGACUGGGGGAUUGAACCCACAACUUUGGCAUACGGGAUGAGGCACUAGCCAACUGAGCUACACUGCCAGGGCCAUUUUUUAUUGGUCCUUUUAUUGUUUCAGUUCUACCCAACUGGUCAUCCCCAGGUACACACUAUAGUUUGCAUGCAUUUCUAGAAUUGUAUAGAAGAAAUCCUACAGUUACUCUUGUAUAGCUGUUUUUAUUAAGUGCGUAUAUGGUUUUUAGUAUUAUCCAUGUUGUGUGUGCAAAAGCAUGGCAUCCAAUAAGUAGGGCUCCUUUCAUAGAAGA